GUGCUCUUGUGUAAUUUCUAUACUGUGAAAAAUAGAACAGAAACCUGGACCACAGGACAAAGUAUGAAAUUGAGGGGAGACAGAAAGUACAGUAGGUGAUAUUCUUUCACACACUGAGUGGUGGGGGGUAUUGCAAUGGUUGUCAAGUCCUUCUCUGAUGCUGCUGUGGAAUCAGUUUGUUAUUAGGAACUGAGACGUGCUGAUGGGUCGAAUUCCUUUGUGAGGUGUUUAUACUUGCUCCCUAUCGUACAUAUGAACUUCCACGGUUUCCAGGAGGGUUUACAUAAGGUUGGGGUCAUGGAGAGUCCAGACACACGGGAAGUGGACACAGAAUCCAUCGCCACGGAGGCGAGGGAAGCCAGGAUCACCCGAUGGUUUGGUACAGUUGUCAACACAAGGCUUCUCGUGACUGGGGUCAUUCAGAUCUUCAGUGCUGUCACCAUUAUUCCUACAACUCUGUGCUUUAUCUGCAUGGAUUUUGGAUGUGCGGUUUCCAUGACAACCCCCAUGUGGGCUGCCAUUUCUUAUUUGGUGUCCGGGAGCCUUGCUGUCGAAGUGCAGAGAAGACCAAAGAAAGCCAAAGUCACAGCUCUCAUGGUGCUCAAUAUGUUCAGUCUGCUGCUCGGGCUGUGUGCAAUGAUCACAUAUGGACUGCAGAUGGCGAUAGAGCCCAAGUUAUUGACAUGGGAACAGAAGAUCGGUGUGUAUGUUGCAAAAGGCACGGCUGUCUUCUUCACACUCCAGUGUCUCGUCGCCUCUGUGUACACACUGUUCCUGAUCUGGAGGGGAGUGAACAAAUAUCCUUGGAACUACAGCGCCACCUACAGCCAACUCAGAGAGGAAGUGUCAUAUGAUGGCGGUGCAAGAAGGUCCAGUGAGGAAAGCAAAUGAAUCAUAAUGUUUACUUCUGUUGUCUUUAUUUAUGUCAUGUGUCCUGAAUAAAAGAUUUUAGAUAACAAAAAAGAUGUUUCCAUCGUCGACUGAGCUUGGAGAGGGAGGGUUAGGUAUUUGAGACCAAAACAGCUAAAAAGGGAAAUAGAAAACCAUAGUGAUGCUUCACAUUGUGUCUCUAAUUACUAUGUAUUUACAACAGUAGUUACUUAGUAAAUGCAUAUGUACUUACACAUCAUUACAAUGUUGUUGUGUAUAGUUACAGUGCACUUCAUGUGUAAAUCUUUUUGCACAAUAUAGGUAGGUACACAAUUGUAUCAGAAAAGGGUUAGGCUUAGGGUUUUAUCAUGGAAAAACUAUGCCUAAUAACAUUGUAAUGAUGCAUAAGUGCACAUGUAUUUACUAAGUAACUACUCUGUAAAAAUUAGACACAUUUAAUGGAAAGUGUUACCAAAACCAUGUGCCAGUUGCCAGGGGUAACCGUGCCACAAGAAAAUGAUCAAAAGGGAGUCUGCUGUUUCAAAGAUAAAUUAAAGAUCCACUAUCAUAGUUUAAACUUCACGAUGUUUUACAUGCAUUCCUUUUCAAUUCUAAACCAUGCUACCAUACUGCUUUCCCAUUUCAGAAAGACCUCCUUCCUGCUUUAAAAUGAUGUUUUAAUGGUGUCUGAAAUACAAAAGCUGUUGUGGCAGGGUAUAAGGUGUGUGUGUAUGGGGGGGGGGUGUAUUAGGUAGCAGGGAGGGGGUUAAAUUGCUCCCUGCAGAAACAUGUGGGAAUGUGGCUGGAGCUGUAAAUGGAAUAAGUGAUGAUUAAUGAGGCUCCUGUCACAGGUGUAUAAAAAGGAUAAUCCUGGGUGUUCAUGUGGGUAUUAAUGUUGGUGAUGGUGAUGGAGGUGAGCUGUGCUGUGCUGUGCUGUGCUAUCCAAGCUGUGCUGUGCUGUGCUGUCCAAGCUGUGCUGUGCUGUCCAGACUGUGCUGUGCUGUGCUGUCCAAGCUGUGCUGUGCUGUCCAGGCCGUGCUGUGCUCGACCUAAAACCACCGUAUUUAAAGAAUAUGUACUGUUUUGUUUAAAUGUUUUAUUUAUUGUUUUAUUAUUUAUAUUAAACGUGCAUAUUAGCCCUUGAAA